ACAGCAACCAACCUUCGACACGACGAACAUUCGCAAUCGCUGUCAUCAUGUCUACCGGUACUGUCGAUCCACUCCUUGCACGUAAGCUCAAAGUACAAUUCAAGCUCUCCAUCGAGCGUCUUCGUCUCCUUCAGAAAAAGCGAACCGCGAUCGCGAAACAGCAGAGACGGGAGCUGGCACUAUUACUCGAGGCAGGAAAGGAAGAGAGUGCGAAGAUUCGUGUGGAGGGGGUGAUUAGAGGUGAUGUCGAAGUGGAGUUGAUGGAGAUUUUGGAGUUGUUUUGUGAGUUGUGUGUUGCGAGAUAUGGGUUGAUCGAGCAGAAAGGCCCUUGUGAUCCUGGGCUUGAAGAAGCGAUUGUGACGCUUAUAUAUACGGCUCCUCGAAUGUCGGACGUGAAAGAGCUCCAAACGACACGCGAUCUCCUCGGCGCACGGUAUGGCCGAGACUUUGCGCUCGCAGCCGCUGGUAAUACGGAGCAUAAAGUAAAUGAGAAAGUGUUGCACAAGCUACGGGUUGAUCCACCGGAACCGGAGUUGGUACAGAGGUAUUUGAAAGAGAUUGCUAGGGCGUAUGGUCUGAAGUGGGGUGAGGAUAGUGAUGAGAGUGAUGGUGAUGACGGAGGGGCUCAGAUGAAGGAAUUGGAGAAGCAGGUUGACGGGGAGGAGAAGGAAUUUGACUUACGGUUGCCGAGUACACCUGGAGCGAAGGGGAUCAAAGUCGGAGAGGCACCAAUACAGGUCACCCCACAAUCACCGACAUCAGAAAAUCCACGACCACAUCUCAACCUUCCGGGAGGACGCAAAGCGAGUAUUGGGGCUUUGCCAAGACGGCCGUCUACGUCGUCACCGGCAAAGAAGGAGGAGAAAGGGAGCGGCAUUCCUGACUUUGAUGAUUUGCAGGCGAGGUUUGAGAGGUUGAAGAAGCUGUAGAACGGCGCCUACCGAGGUCGGGAGGAUGAGGGAAGUCACACGGAUGGAUGCUACUAAAUAUAGCAACAUGCCCAUAAACAUCCGCUGAAUUCCGCACACAAAUGCAAAAGUACCAAGAGACAAAGAAAGCAUUAUCUCAAUGAUCGC